GGAAAUCUCCGUUCUUGUUGCUCGAGCAGGCAGGAGAGAGAGAGAGAGAGAGAGAGCGAGAGAAAGAGAGCAUAGAUGGAACUCUUGCGCUCGAAACUCCUCUUCUGCCUAACUGUAAUCUUUCUCGCUCCGUUAAGAUCGGAGGGAAGCAAAAAAGUGCCUGUUGAUCUCUACUACGAGACUCUCUGCCCUUACUGCUCCAAUUUCAUCGUGAACCAACUCCACCAACUCUUCUCCAAUGGACUCAUCGACGUCGUUGAUCUGCAUCUCGUUCCUUACGGGAACGCGAGGAUCUUAGCUAAUGGCACGAUCGAGUGCCAGCAUGGCCCAUAUGAGUGCUUUCUGAAUGCAGUGGAAGCAUGUGCAAUAGAUAUCUGGCCUGAUGUGCAUGCCCAUUUUAGGUACAUUUACUGUGUGGAGUCUCUUGUAGUAAAGCAUGAAUACACGGAGUGGGAAACUUGUUUUACCAAGAGUAGCACAGAUAUUCAGCGGCUUGCAGAAUGCUACAAUAAUGGUAAUUGGAAAAAGCUUGAACUACAGUACGAGGCGGAAACCAGUGCUUUACAGCCUCCACAUAAAUAUGUGCCCUGGGUAGUUGUGAAUGGCCAUCCACUUUAUGAGAACUAUGAAGACGUUCAAAAGUACAUCUGUAGAGCAUAUCAAGGAACUACACCUGAAGCUUGUAAAUCUCUUGAUGUGGAGUCACUGAUUGGCAGCAGAAACCAUUACGGCCAUGUGACCUAUAUGGAUGAAGUUAGAUCUGCUACUACAUCAUGACGAAUCCGGCUGCAGCAUAUGCACAGGUUGCUUUUAGUUCUCAUCAUCGGCUGUCAGAACCGCCUUGGUUACUAGUGGCUUAAUUAUGCCACAUGCCAAAGCUUAUCAGUCUUAUCUUCAUUCCCUGGUAGAGGUGCAAACUCUAGUACUGACAGUAGACUUGAAAUUGAUAUGUACUUGUUGGAAAUAUAGGUUAAUGAAAUGUAAUUUCAGAAGCGUGAAAUGACUACUUCCAGUUGAUGCUGGAUGGCAAUUAAGAAGACUUUCACUGGCGUGUCUUCUUUACUUGGAUAAUUAGUUUAUUAAUGUUUAAAUUUUUCUAUCAAUUUUCAUUCACAUAA